CGCGCUCGGAGUCCCGCGUGCGGGUGGACUGCGCGCGCUCGGAGUCCCGCGUGCGGGCGGUUUCGGCGCGCUCGGAGUCUGGGCUGGGCACGUGAUGCGGUCGGUUAGGAGAAGCCAUUGCGAGAAUGUGCUGGAGCGUGUUGGCAUUGCGGAGCCUGGCGGUGUUUACCGGCGCUCUGUUGACAGCUGAAGGCCUCUAUUACCUGCUCCGUUACGUGAGGAAGUUUCGUGAGCAAAAGCCCAAGGUGCUGUUUUUCCCGACACCGGUCACCUGCUUGCGGCCGCUGCUGUUGAGCCCCAGACACUGUGAUUGCAGCCUGCCGCACGGGGAAAGCGCGCUGAGUAGCCUGGCCCGCCUGUUGCUCGGUGCAGGCCGCUCGCUCGACGUCUGUGUGUUCACCAUCUCCAGCUCUGACCUGGGCAGCCUGGUGCUCGCCGUGUACGGCCGCGGGGUGCGGGUCCGUGUUAUUACCGACUCCGACUACAUGGCACUGGCUGGCUCCCAGGUGGGCAUAUUCCGGAAGGCAGGUAUAGAAGUCCGACAUGAUCAGGAUACAAACUACAUGCACCACAAAUUCGCACUGAUUGAUGGAUCUAUUCUUGUAACUGGAUCUUUGAACUGGAGUGCCCAAGCUAUAUUUAGAAAUAAAGAGAAUGUAAUCAUAAUUGAAGACUUUGACAUUGUGAAAGCAUUUAUAGAAGAAUUUGAACGACUUUGGAAUGAAUAUGAUCCAACAAAGUACAGCUUUUCUCCACAAAGCAGGCAGAAUCACUCUUCUAGAAUCUGCAAUCAAAUGGAUGCGUGGCAGAGGGCGGGUGACAAUGCUGGACACACAGCUAAGAGCAAAUUAUCGGCAACACCUGCAAAAGAGCACUGGACAAUCAGAAAUGGAUCAGAAAAAGGAAAAACAUCAGUAAAUCAUUAACUGUCUCCACUGGAGGUAAUUCAAAUAUCACCUGUGCAUGCCAGUCUAUGAUAAAUGUUUCUUUAAUAUUAAAUCAAAAGAAGAACUUAAAUAGUAACCAGUUAAAUGCAGGCCAUAACUAGACUAUCUGUGCUAUUGUCAAGGUGGUUGUCAAGCAGGAAACGCUGACAUCCUUUCCACUUCCAGACGACAUUUUCCCAUUCCGCUACUUGUUCUCUCUCCAUUUUACAUUCAUGUCUUUCAUCAGAUUUUCCAUUUGCUCAUCUUUCAUUUCCAUCUGCCCAUGUGUACCUCCCACCUUCAUCCAUAUCAAUCUCUUCUUUUUCUUUUACUUAUUUUCCACUUCCCACCGUUUUGUUCAUUUUUGUCCUGGUCCUUUCUGAUAUUGAAUGAAACAGAUUAGGAAUUUAUCCUUGAUUACCCACCCCAAGCAUCUAAAACAGCAGCAGUUGUAAGAUCUACUGUAGGAAGGAUCUGACUGGGACAGCCCCUCACACCACCAGCCUACUGAAUCGUCAGUGAAAUGAUGGAAAGUAUCACCAAUAACGCUAUUAAUCAGCAGCCAUUUCCAAAAACCUGCUCACUAAUGCCCAUUUUCAAAGUUCAAAGUAAAUUUAUUAUCAAAGUACAUAUAUGUCAUCAUGUACUCCCUGAGAUUUACUUUCUUGUGGGCAUUUACAGCAGACAUGAAGAAACAUAAUGGAAACUUCAGACAAAGAUAAAGUGAAUCUAUAAGUUGUACCUCCUUCUCAAUGGCAGAAGUGAGAAGAGAGCAUGGCCUAGAUGGUGAGGGUCUUUGAUGGUGAAUACUACUUUCUUUAGACAGAACUCCUUGUAGAUGUGCACAAUGGUAGAGAGGGCUUUUCCUGCAAUGGACAGGGCUUUUUAUAGAUUUUUUGUUGAACGGCAUUGCCGUUUCCAUACCAGCCAGGAUAAUCUAUACAAGUUUAUCAGAGUUUCAGAUGAUAUGCCAAUUAUUUUAAGGAAGUAGAGGCACUGCCAUGCCUUCUUUGUAAUGGCACUUGCAUUUGGUCUUAGGACAGAUCCUCUAAAAUUUAAAGUUACUGGCCCUCUCUACCUCUGAUUCCCCGAUGACUACUGGCUCAUGGAUCUCUUGUAGUCAAUAAUCAGCUCUUUGCUUUCGCUGACAUCGAGUGAGAGGUUAUUGUUGUGGCACCAUUCAACCAGAUUUUCAACUUCCUCCUAUGUACCAAUUUGUCCCCAGUUUUGAUUUGGCCAACAACGGUAUUGUUAGCAAAGUUGAAUAUGGCAUUGGAGCUAUACUUAGCUUCACAGUAAUAAGCGUAAAGCAAGUAGAGCAGACUACCACCACUGACAACAAAGCCAUCAGACAGUGGUCAACAUAGAAUGUCAUGUAGACACUGCAGGAAGGAUCUGACUGGGACAGCCCCUCUCACCACCAGCCAGGCAAUGUCUUGGUGCCUUUUGGUGAGGCCUGGUGAUCAGACAUUGUGUCAGAUGGUCUGGACAGUCUGCAAUGUCUACAGGAUGUUCCAUGCUGACCAUUACUGAUGGCCUUGUGGUCAAAGGUGUUUGGAAGAACUUUUCAAUGAAGGAUAGGUAAUAUGGCACUGCCCAGCUGACUGGGACUUGUGCAGCAACAGGGCCAAAUACAUCCUUCACAACACCAGGGACAGGUAGAAUUUUGGUACAUAGUGGUACUUGGUGCCCACUCAUUUAGUUCCACGCACAGCUUGAUGCAGCCAUACACAAGUCUUUAUCAGGGUGAGGGUGACAUUGGGUAUGUUUUUGUCCCCACAGUCUAGGGACUUGUGCAUUGUGACCCACCUGACCCAUUCUAUUUGGUUCCUGGAUGAACCUGCAGACAGCUCGGUAAUUCCUAAACUGGCCGCUUGUGCCAAGUACAGCAGCCUGAGAACACCUCACAUGUCAUGACCAGGUUCUUCCCAGUUAUUGACAAAAAGUAGCCUUCUCACAGCCCCAAUUUCUGUUUAACCUUCCCAGUCAGCUCCCUGCUGCAUACUUAGGUCCCUCUGAACCAAAUCCUCAGCACCUUCAUGUAAUUGGACCCGACAGUGAAGAGGACACUGGAUCGGCUAGGCCAGUUGCUGACAUGCAUGGCCUUGCUUUGUACAGUUAUCCCUGGCCUCUGAUGCUAUCAAUAUGCAAACUGACCUUGGAUCUGAGCAGAAGAUGGCAUCGUUGUCUAUGUACAGGGAGUCUUUCCACUGUCUGACAGUGUCACUCAUUUUAUGCUCUCAUCCUUCCUGAUGGCUUUGGCAAAUGGUUCCAUACAGCACACAAACGAGAAUAGGGAGAGUGGGCAACCCUGCCUGACCUAAAAACUGUUUCCCACCCAUUGACUUGGACUGCACUUCAGAUGUCUGUGUAGAGCAGUUGGGUCAAAUUCCUGAUUCUCUCCCCACAUUCUAUUUUAGUGCCUCAUCCAUCAUGUACAUGUGUGAUAUCCUGUCAAAGGUUUUCUCUGGGUCUAAGUUGAUGAGGUGGCCAUUCAUUCCCCGACCACCCUGCACAUAGGCGAUAGUGUCUCUCAGCAGCACAAGGCUGUCAAAGAUCUUCCAACCUUCCUGCCAGGUACAGCACAGGUUUGGUCUAGGCAGAUCACCUGUCCCAGAACAGACUUGACCCUGUUGGCGAUAGCCUUGGGCAGGAUCUUAUAGUCUACAUUCAAGAGCUUAACAGGUCUCCAAUUCUUCAUGUCACCCCUUUCCCCCUUUUGCUUGUGUAUGAGGGUAAUAAUGUCCUUCAUCAUGGAGUCCAAAAUGCUGCCAGCUAGCAGCACAGCAUUGCACACUUCCUGCAGUCGUGGGCUCAUCCAGUCCCACAGAGCUGAGUACAACUCAGCCAGUAAGCCGUCGCUUCCAACAGGUUUAAUCGAAUUAAAGGAAUGGAUGGCGCCAGUCAGCUUCUCCAGGGUUAGUGGCCGGUCCAGACUCUUCCUGCUUGCUGUCAUCUAACACCUCAGUGAUAGAAGACAGGAAGUUCUGGGAGGCUGUGGUGCUAGUGGACUUUCUGACAUACAGGCUGGCAUAGUAGGAUCUACAGAUGCUCAUCAUGUCCAUCUGUGAGGAUCCUGCUGAGCCCUUCUCUUCUUAAGGCUGUGGAUCAUAGAGCACCCCCUGAAAACCUUAUGGAAGGAGAAAUGUGAGCACAUCCCAUCCUGUUCCAUGGUGUGCAUUGUGGAUCUGAAGAUGAUAUUGGAACAUUCUGCAGCAAAGUGCUGGGCUUGCCAGCUUUUUACCUCUCAUAAUUCCUCCCUCACAUCCACCAUUUUUGAUUACAGAAGGAGAACCUGUUGCAACUCUGUCUGAAGUUUACACAGUUUCCUCUGAGCCUGCCUUACUUUCUGAAACCCGCUGAUGAAGAAUCUCUUGAUGUCCACAACCUUGGCCACUUCCCACCAUCAAAUAGGGGAAUCAAAGAAGGGUUUCAAAGUUCUCCAACCUGUGUAUUCCUUCUCUAGUUCUUUAAUGUUCUCUGGUGUCAGCAGUUUAACAUUCAGCUUCCAUGUCUCUCUGCCUGCUCUCUGGUCCUCCUGUAGGUGACAGGAGGCUCACAGAAAGUAGUGGUCAGAUAAGAACUCCAGCACAACAUCAGUGUAUCCAACCAUGGUGUGCUCUGAUAUGAAGAGAAAGUCAAUCCGGGAGCGGGUUGAGGAGGCUUAUCAUGACCAGGUGGGUUGUGGCUGUGUUCUACCUGGAGGCAUCUCACAGCUUGGUUAUUUUAACCAGUCCCAUCACGAAUCUGGAGGUGCUGUCGACACUAACGGUUUGUCCAGUCUCACUGAUAAUGUGGUUGAAGUCACCAUCCAGAAAGACCAAUUGGGACGUCACAGUAACGAUGAGUGCUGCUCAAGGAUGGCCAGCCAUUUGCUCCGCAUGGGUGAGGUGCACAUUGAUUAGCUGAGUGGAGUAUUUCAGUUUAUUACUUCUGCCACAAGGAGACACUACACCACAACCUCUUUGAAUUAGGUGUUUGAGAAGUUGCCUCCCUCAGCUGGAAGCAUGAGGGAGGCACUGCCCCCUGAUCACACAGACAAACAAACCCUAGGGCCACUACUGGGACCACCUCUGGUAGUUGUUGAAGUGUAGUGGUCCACAAUCCUGCAGUAAAGACAUGUUGGCCUUGAACUUGGCCAGGUACUGUAAGGCACUGAUGCAUCACACCAUUCUCUUUACAAUGUGCAGGUUCACAGAUGCCAGUUUAAAGUCCAUGAUUAGUUCAAGGCACAGUUCUUCUCCUGUUCGGUCAGCCUGAGCCAUUAUUCCCAUGGCCUUCAUGAGUGCAGGCUCUGGUACUGAGGAUAAUCCUACAUCAGGUGUGGUGAUGCUAGUGGUGUGACUGGGGGGAGGUUGGUCACUGGUUCAGGUACUGAGGAUAAUCCACCCCCAGGUGUGGUGUUGCUGGUGGUGUGACUGGGGGGAGGUCGGUCACUGGUUCAGGUACUGAGGAUAAUCCAUCCCCAGCUGUGGUGUUGCUGGUGGUGUGACUGGGGGGAGGUUGGUCACUGGUUCAGGUACCGAGGAUAAUCCACCCCCAGGUGUGGUAUUGCUGGUGGUGUGACUGGGGGGAGGUUGGUCACUGGUUCCCCUCCAACGUGCUGCAUUGGUUACCAGCACCUUCCAAACCACUGAUCCGGGUCGCGCUGGAUGUAGGUCUGCUCACAGUCACAGUCCCUAUUUUAGUGCUGGCCAUGACCUUUAUUCUGGUGGUGGGUGGGUCAGUGUUUGCCCCCUCCUGUUGUCUGUACAUCGGAGCUGGCAUGUUUUGGAUAACCUCUGAGAGUUGACCCCUCUCCACAAAGGAUGUAGCAUUUGCUCUUCUGGCAGACCUUUGCCUGGUGGCCUUUCUGUUUGCAGUUUUUGCAGAUCACUGCACUACAUUGGGUCAUGACAUGUCCAUUCUAGCCAGGUGUUGUUUAUGGAAAAGGGUGUUAGAUUGAUUUCCCAAUCAGCAUGAGGAUCCACCCCUAUGUCAGUAGGUUAAGCUCUUUUCAGCCUCUUGAUCACAGCAAGUCCACAACAAUACUACACUUGGUCUUAGCCAAAUGGCCAAGAGGCGUAUUCUUUCAGAUCCUCUGAUGAAUCCUCAGUCCACUGAUUCAAUGCACUCCUGUAGCCACUCCUCUGCCUCCCCUGACCCAUCUCUGUUGUCCUUACCUCUGGUACCUUGCUCUUUUUGGAUUAAACUGUUGUUUUCCUCGUAGUUUAACUUCAUAUGCUUGUUUGUACUCUUACAUAGUACAUACAAUUGUUCAGUGUGUUUCCUAGAGUUAUUCUGUAAAUUUACUUAAAUAGGGACAAUGGAACUUAUGCUAAUUAGCAAAUUGAUAUAGGAUGGCCAAACUAUGCAGGAUUUGGUUUCUUUAUCUCCCUCUCCACCUCAUGCUUCAUCUUUUUUCUUCUCGUUUCACUCUUGUAGCGAUUAGUAAAUGAUCUUAAGCAACAAUUUUUAUGCCUCAGUCUGUUACGCCUGUGCCCCAACUCUGAGGGGCCGAAGGGUACAAAGUAGCCCCCUCCUUUUUGAGAAUCGCAAGAUCGCUAUUAAUUCAGGUCAGGAGACCCAGGAAAUGAGAGAAAGACACACAGAAUCCACAAAGGGGUUUGGAAUGGCCUGGCCCCUCAGCGAUACAAAGCCACAGGAAACGGCCAUUGUCUCUUGGAGACAGAAUUGUGUAUUGAGUACUGUACUUCAUGGAAACCCUCAGGGAAUGAUCAGAGGGGGUUGGUUGAGGGAUUGCAUCAACCCAACCUGAUUGACAUCUGAGACCCCAUGAGUCAGGAUAAAAGAGGGUCUGGGGAACAACCCCUUUAGACGCACCAGGAGAAAUGCUAGAAAUCCCGUGACAGCGUAAUAGCGACAGCCGGUGGGGGGCCCACGUGUGUCCUUUUCCAUUUGCCUCGGAAUUGGUAGGCCUGACCACGGAAGACAGCUUAGCUAAAUAGCAAAAGGAGCUGGUCACCCGUGACCAGCUACACCAACAGAACUCUCGAAGGAUCGACAUCAUAAAAAGGAAAACGGGUAAGUUCUAAGAAAAAUCCGUCUCUCUCUCUCUCUCUCUCUCUCCAACAAAAGGCUGCAGCCUGCAUGAACUUGAGUGACUUUUAUAUUUCCAUUGGACAAUACGUUAUCCCCUAGACAACAAUAGAGCUAUUUCUUAGUGAUUAUUAUUAUACCCGCGCUUUUGGAUUUACUAUUGACAACAUAUAUUAUCUGUAUGUUUGCAUU